AUGGAAAAAAGUGAUCUGGUUGUCUGCGAGUCGGGCACACCCCUUACUCCAAGAAAAACUUUUAAAUCUGUGUCAUCGUAUGCGUGCUACGAGGUAGUAAGAGUGCGUGCAUUCUAUAUAUGGCUUCUCUGGCUGGUAGUAUUGUCUAUCUCUCCAUUUGUGCUCUUCGACUUGGCCGAGUCUGAGGAUUGGGUGUGCGAGGUUUACUGGCAGGUUUUGAUGUUAAACAUCGUCCUGUUUUUUCCAGCUAUGUUAUUUUACAGAUCGGACAGACAAGCUCGUCUUGUUUCGCAGAAUUUGACGAACUUCAUGAGUAUUGUUGAAAAUACGUUCGAGUCAGGGCAUGGAAUAGGACCCGAAAAGUGGGAUGAGGUAGCAUGCAAGAUGAAUAGGGAAUUUUAUGAUGCAGGUAUUUGGAAAACACCCUACUCAUUUUUUGAUGGUCUGGAGGUAGAGAAGCUUUACAGGAGUCUUGUUUUGAAUCCACAGCUUGGGAAGAACUUAGAUGUGCUUGAUGUAUGCGAAAAGGGCCCUAAAGAGACAACCGCAUAUGAGAAAAGGCUCGAUGAGCAGUUCAGUGUCUGGGCGAAUGACUCGGAGUAUUCAGCUGAAGAAUGUGGAAAUAUGUUGCCACGUGACCUGCACUGGAAUGAAGUCACUUGGACAAUACACAAAAUGAGGCUCGCUCUGGCACUUCAUAUAGCUGUUUCAUUAAUAUUCCAUAGCAUGGGACUGUUUGGAGUUCUCUGCGGUUGUUUGAUAACAACCUACAUAGAGAUGCAGACACCGUAUGUGCUAAAGGAUACUCGUAUGUCGACAACAAACAGAUUAAGACUUCUGGCAACAAUAGUUAGCGUUGCACCGGGGACAGAUGUGGAUCGCUGGGAUGUUAUCGCGAAGCGGGUGAACUCAUAUCUGCACGAAAUACCAGAAUGCCCAGCAUCGGACUGCUUUUUUGAUGGCAAGAGUUGCUUGGACUGCUUCGAGCGAUAUUUCAAGCCUCCCACUUCACAAAAGAAGAAACGAACCUUCAUUACUUCUAACGAACUGAUGCCCUUUGUCUCAAGAGCUAUUGAAGCGUGUUCUUAA